UAUCAAUUCAUUGACGUUAUAUGCUGUAAUUUAGAUUAAAUUGGAGACAGCACGAUAACAGAUUCCAUUACUAUUUCCAAAACAGUGGGGAACAAUCGAAGGCGGCAAAAUGACUGAGAAUAUAUUCUUGUUUGUGCCCAACAUUAUUGGCUAUGGCAGAGUGAUUUUGGCUAUUAUAUCGUUUUACUUUAUGACAACUAACCAUGUCAUUGCCUCAUGGUGUUAUAUAAUUAGUGCACUAUUAGAUGCAGUGGAUGGUCAUGCAGCAAGAUAUUUCAAUCAAGGCACCAAAUUUGGUGCUAUGUUAGAUCAAUUGACUGAUCGUGUUGGUACUAUGUGUCUUUUAGCUACAUUGUGUAUAUUUUAUCCAUCAUACUCAUUUUGGUUUCAAUUAAGCAUGGCUAUUGACAUUAGUUGUCAUUGGAUAUACUUGCAUACGUCUCUUUUACAAGGCAAAACAAGUCAUAAAUUUAUUGAUAUGUCUGAAAAUCCAAUCAUGAGAGUGUAUUACACUAAUCGUAUAGUCUUAUUUGUCAUGUGUGCUGGUAAUGAAGCUUUUUAUGCUGCAUUGUACCUUUUAUACUUUACCGAAGGACCUACUUUUAUCGGUAUGAGUUUAUUCAGAUUGGUUAUGUAUCUCUCUGCACCCAUAGCAUUUGUUAAAUCUGCUAUUUCAUUGUUACAUGGAUACAUAUCCUGCAUCAAUUUAAGCAUAAUUGAUGUCAAGGAAAGAGAAAAGUGUGUAAAAACAAAUUAA